UCCAUAUCCCGCGCACUUCCCGCUUUCGGACUCGCCCUCUCUCUCUCCCUCUCCACUCUAAUCUUGAUUUCUCUAAUUUUCCCGUCUUCUCUGCAAGAUCUCUUCCAUUUCCCAAAUCAUCGUCUGGUUUUCAUCAGAUUCGCGAUCUUGGUCGCCAUUUGCCUUUCAGAUCUGCUCAGAUUGUCUCCAUUUCUCGAUCUUUUAGUGGAGUUCCUUGCGCAUUUUCACAGGAUUCCGUGAAGAAGCAAUUGGAAAACAACUUUUAUAGCAGAUUUGUUUUGAACGGGCCAUGUCUUUAUAACUUAAAUACUGUGGUUCUCAUUUCCUUUGGCACCAUGGAAGACGGAUGCUCGACUGAGAAAAAACCACUGAAUUCACCAACUGAAGAAAAAUCAUCAGGCAAUACACUUGACAAUCACAGUAAAAAUGAAAGGGAAAAUGAAGGGAAAUUACCAAGCAAAGAAAAGUUAUCAGGCAAUACAAUCGACAAUCAAAGUAAAACUGAAGUGGAAAAUGAAAGGAAACUACCAAGUGAAGAACUGUCAUCGGGCAAUACAAUCGACAAUCAAAGUAAAACUGUAGGGGAAAAUGAAAGGAAACUAGCAAGUGAAGAACAGUCAUCGGCAAUCAACAAUCAAAGUAAAACUGAAGGGGAAAAUGAAAGGAAACUACCAAGCGAAGAACAGUCAUCGGGCAAUGCAAUCGACAAUCAAAGUAAAACUGAAGGGGAAAAUGAAAGGAAACUACCAAGUGAAGAACAGUCAUCGGGCAAUACACUCAACUAUCAAAGUAGAAAUGAAGGGGAAAAUGAAUGGAGGCUACCAAGUGAAGAAAAGCCGGGCAAUACACUAGACAAUCAAGGUAAAAACGAAGGGCAACUACAGAGUAAAAUGGAAUUGCUGAAUGUUGCUGAGAGAAAUCCAGAUCAUCACCAUGAGAAACAAGGAGAACUGUCAAAUAAUCAGGUCCUUGCUGCUGGUAUGGAAUCAGAAAAUCGAGAGGAAAGGAAACAGAUCACAGUGGAAGUUCCUGGUGAAGAGUUGGCAGAGCCUGUUUUUGAUGGAACAGAGACACCAGGUAUGGAAGCUAGUGGGGGUUCAUCUAGCCAUUCUUUGGAUGUUGAUCCAGGGGCUCAGGGAUAUGCUUGGCCUGAAAAAGCUGUGGCGAUUAAAAACUUUGUUAGGGAGAAGAGUGUAGUUGCGGUUUCUAGCGUUAUUCGCCGUCUUUCUGGUAAAGGAGAUGAUGAUGGGCAGAGUCUUCCUGAUGGUCAAGAUAAUAAUGAAAAUUCAGUUAUGAGUGUCAACGAAGAAGAGGAUGCCAGCAUGGGAAGUAAAGCAAAAGAAGACUCUCAGCAAACAGGGGAACGAUCAACGUGGAAUCCUUUAAGCUAUAUUAGGAUUGCGCGGAAUGUAGAUUUACAAAAUAAAACCGAGCAGGGACUUGGUGUUGCUGCAGAAGAUUCAGUACAAGUGCCUGCAAUGAAAGGUAGAAUUACAUUGUAUACAAGGCUUGGGUGCCAGAAUUGUAGAGAGGUUAGGCAAUAUCUGCAUCUGAAAGGGCUCAAGUACAUCGAGAUCAACAUCGACAUCUACCCUAGCAGAAAGGUGGAGCUAGAGAAGAACGCUGGAUCUUCAGCUGUUCCCAAGGUGUUCUUCAAUGACCUUAUUAUUGGAGGGUUGGGUGAAGUUAAGGCCAUGGCUGAGUCUGGUGAGCUUGAUCGAAAGAUUAACGAUCUAAUCAAUGAUGAACCAUCACCUUCAGCACCUAUGCCCCCAUUAUCUGGUGAGGAUGAUGUGUCAGGCACUGGGACAGUUGAUGAGUUGGCAAUCAUUGUCAGAAAAAUGAGAGAAUCGAUUAUGGUUAAGGACAGAUUCUAUAAGAUGCGCAGAUUCAGCAACUGUUUUCUAGGGUCAGAAGCUGCGGAUUUCUUGUCAGAGGAUCAAUAUCUGGAAAGAGAAGAGGCAGUGGAACUUGGAAGAAAGCUUGCAAACAAAUUCUUCUUUAGACACGUUCUUGAUGAGAACAUAUUUGAAGAUGGUAACAAUGUAUAUCGGUUCCUGGACCAUGAUCCUAUUGUCGUGUCUCAAUGCUACAAUAUCCCAAGGGGCACUAUUGACGUGAAACCCAAGCCUAUAGUAGAAAUUUCAUCAAGGUUGAGAUUUCUGAUGUUCGCAAUGUUCGAGGCUUAUGUGUCUGAUGAUGGGAGACAUGUUGACUAUCAAAGUAUUCGGGCAACUGAGGAGUUUGCAAGGUAUCUGAGAAUUAUAGAGGAGCUUCAAAGGGUGGACCUUAAGGAUUUAUCAAGGGAGGAGAAACUUGCUUUUUUCAUAAACCUUUACAAUAUGAUGGCCAUCCAUGCCAUAUUGACUUGGGGCUGUCCCACCGGAGCAUUGGAGCGGAGGAAGCUGCUUGGGGAUUUCAAGUAUGUUAUUGGAGGGUGUACCUACUCACUUUCGGCCAUCCAGAAUGGCAUCCUGCGGGGCAAUCAAAGACCCCCAUACAAUCUCACCAAACCCUUUGGCGUGAGAGACAUGCGCUCGAAGAUUGCUCUUCCCUACACGGAACCCCUGAUUCACUUUGCACUGGUCUGUGGGACCAGAUCUGGGCCUGCACUCCGGUGCUACUCACCAGGAAAUAUUGAUAAGGAGCUGAUGGAGGCGGCACGUGAUUUCCUAAGGAAUGGGGGAUUUGUUGUUGAUAUGGAGGCUAAGGCAGCAUCAGUCAAUAAGAUUCUCAAAUGGUAUAGUGCAGAUUUCGGAAAGAACGAAGCAGAGGUAAUGAAGCAUGUGGCAAACUACCUGGAGCCAGCUAAGUCGGAGGGGUUGCUGGAGCUGCUUGCGAAUGCUCAGUUGAAGGUGACAUAUCAGCCUUACGACUGGAGCCUCAACUGUUAGGAAUGAUUUCAGUUUUCUUUCCCUCUUUGAAUUCAUAUGCCAGAGCACGAUUGAGUACAGAUCUCCUUUCCCAGCCCUUCUUUCUUUUCUUCUUCUGUUUUUUUUUUUUUUUCAUUAUAAUCAGGCAUUGAAGAAGAGAAAACUAUAGCUUUGUGCCACCUUUAAUAGAAACUGUCAUAUGAAGGAAAAUUCAGGACUAUGAUAGUGAAGCUAACUGAUUCAGUAAGCUUCAUGCAUCUACAAACUCAAAAGCAAAAGAAACAUGCUUGUUUGAGAACUGUUUGGUCGUUCAUCAUAGCAACACCUUUUAGUGGAUAAAUGAAGAAUUCUUUUAUUUCU